AUGGCAGUUGCAGAAAAGUCCAAUUGGCCCUUGCGGUCUUGGUCACGGCCAUCUUUUCUUCCUUGUGUCUCACGACGACACUUCCGUUUACUCGUAAUAAGCGCGUUUGCUUGUUUGAGUCUCACAGUCUAUCUAUCAGUACUCCAUCUUCGAUCCGGUCCUCGAACUUGGAGUGUGGAGACAAUUGUCCACCACAAAGACACUACCAAAGCACAUAAGUCACCAUAUCCUCUGGUGCCGUUCCCUGAUUCACCACUAAAAACGAAUCACGAGUCAAUCGUCAAACAGGAGAGGCAGCCGUGGUUGGCAGCCGUAAUCUGUGCCGCCCAGGAUGUGGAACGACGAAUGUUGAUACGAACGACGUGGAUGCGAUUGUUUCAACAUGUCCCCUUUGACGCACGCUUUGUCGUGUCGAACCCGGGACCGGGCUGGAAUGAGACGAUACGGUUCGAAAACCAGACGUUUGGAGACAUGAUUGUCCUCGAUCACAUUCCCGAAGACGAUGUUACCGCGAACACGAUCAAGACGCUCGAGUUUUACAAAUGGCUUAUAAACGGAGGCCAACGAUACGAGUUUAUAACCAAAUUGGAUACCGACCUGUGGAUGAAUGCGCCUGCGUUCUGGGAUCGGUAUCUUCUCCCACGCAUGUCCAACGAAACGGGACGUCUUACCGCUGCCGUGAGCAAAACCAUCAUAGGUCAGCUCUUCUAUUCGGACACGGGAUAUAACACAUUUGCUCAUGGAUCCAUGUACACGGUGACAUGGGACAUGAUGCAGCUGCUGGUUUCCCUUCAGGAGCGAUUCAACGUUGUAACUGGAGAAGACGCAGCCGUGGGAAUCCUAAUGCACAAAGGACAAGAGAUGGCCAACUUCGUCAAUCUGCACGGCGAAGAGAAGUUUGAUUACGACGACGGCGACUCCAGGGGAGAUGGUACGGCGUGGGCGAGAACCGAUUCACACCCCGAUGCGAUAUCGCACGCUCUAUACUCGGACGAAGUCAUUGCGGUUCAUAUGCUCAAGCAAAAGAAGCUGUGGAUGAAAGUCGCCGAUUGCUUCGACCAAGAAGGGGUAAAAACGAUACCGCCACCUCCAGAGUAUGAACGAAGACCGCCCUUCCGUGUCCGUUGGAAAGACUUUUUAUAUUCGACGGGCUUGGCAAAUCCGUACGAGACCAUGUUCGACACGAUUCCCCGCGAGUUCUUCGUCCACAAGCAUGGUAAUUGGGUGUGCGACGGCAUUUGGAACCUCGGACAAUCGAAAAUGGGCUUCCAAUAG